AUGAAAACCGCCGCUCUGCUAGGACUGCUCCUAAUCCUCUCCACCACUACAUUCGCCUUCGACCCCCAAGCGACCCACACUUUGGACCCAGCUAUCCCGACAGUGGCACCUCAUACCACCGACUCAUCCGCCGACUCUUGCGCCGGUCAGUGUGCAUUCCAAUUCAUGGACAAUAUCCGUUCGCAAAUCGGCCAAGACCGUGCUUCUUCUCUUAUGCAACUGAAUUUCAACGACUUUUUGACAUCUUUCUCGAAUACUACUUUCUUUGAGAAGUUCUGCAAAAUCUACCACAACUUCCAAAGCUGCGAAUCAAAAUGCACGCCAGGCUUCCUACACCAACUUCUAAUGCGUAGUUCCGAGAUAAUCGACCACUAUUGUGUCUACAAUUUCGACAAAAUCCGCGAGAAGUUCCCCUGCCUUAUCAAAAUGAAGCCGAAUAAGGAUUGCGUGAAAACCUGUACCCCUCACCACGACGCCGUUUCCUCAAUGACCGAAAACUUUAAGAAUCUGGUGCUCAGUGGAGAUACGACACGCGCGGAGCAGUAUUUGGCUCAAGGUUGUGAAUACAUCACGUGCACAUUGCACUGUGACGUGCCAACCAUUGCUCAUGAAUGCGAUUCGGAGACCGCGCAACUCGUCAUCGACCUAACCCGCCGCUCUUUUGCCAGUAUGGAAAAGAUGGCUUUGGAUACAAAUGCGGUCGCCAAAUGGCCCCAGGUCUGUGCUGACGUCAAGACCUACCGUAUGCCGACUCCAUCGGCUCCGCCCAAAGGAGAAGACGACAAUGUCGUUGCUCAGAGUAAUAUUGUGGCGGAUCACCCGAUCACCCACCCUAAACUAGUACAGGCACCACUUGUUAGAGCUGGAAGUGUUUUAUCGAUUUUUUUGGCUACCGUAAUCCCGGUGAUUUUCCUAUUUUAG